GUGUUCAUCACUGUGAGCAGCUGUCAUGCCCCCAGUCCCUCUGUCUCCCGUGAAUAGACGAUGUGAAUGACAGCGAGUGACAGGGUGUCUCCCGACUGCCCCACCACCACCACCACCCUGGGACACUGCAGCGUGCGGGUCGGACAGCAGGACAAUCCCAAACCAACAGCACUGUCCCACGAAAAUCGCUACAGUUGAUUCAGCAUGUAUGCAGUGCAGGUCUCAUUGUCCCCAGACAGGCGACUCCAUUUUCUGGCUUAUCCUAAAGUGAAUUUCCUGAAAUACAAAGACAGGCCAUCUGUAUACUGGCAGGACAAAACAAAGAUAAUUCAUGACUGUAGUCUGACUGCAAGGCAAAGGGAGCUGGCACAGCACAAAACCAUAAGCGGGAUGUACAAGGAAGACAGGCCCUCACCCAUCUGGCCUGUAAAGUCCAGUGCCCUGGUUGCUGUCCCGUCCGCCCGAUUGGAGAAACUGGCACUAGCAAAAAGCAUUAGCCAGGAAUGGAUGGAGGACCGACCUGUAUACAGCAUAGUGACUGAAGCAACCAAGAGAGCCUCUGCUAGCCCGCGCACUGUUCAGCUAGCCAAGCCGAAAAACCGUAGUGUCCUCUCUAUGCCAGGCACACCAAACGGCCAGCAGGAGGAUAGUGAGGCAUGCUCCAGGUCUGAAAAAGUGGUUGUUUCCUCAUCUAGAACAGAGAAUUUAGCAGUGCCUAAAAUGGAGCAUCCCAAGUACCAGCAUGACCUCCCAGUCCUGCGGAAUGUUCCUGCAUCUGCUCUCCACAUCCAAGCAUCAGACCGAAUAUUCCAGCUGGCAAAACCUAAAACUCGCAAAGCUAUCUUUGAAGAGUAUGACCCAUACAGGAUCUCCUCUUCUGCUAAGAAUGCCAAUGCAUCACCUCGUAUUGUUGAGCUCUGUAUACCUCCUGCUCGCAGGCACAUCAUAAGAAAGUCUUGAAUAUUCUUUUUACCGCUACAUCAAAAUAGAAGAAUCAACUGUAUUUAAAAUUACAUCAAUAAAAAAAA